AUGGCUACCACCACAGCAGCCACCGACAUGGUGAGCAAGCUGCCAAUCCGCCUACGCAACUUCUUUGCCCGCUACCCUCCGCAAUUCUACUCCGCGGCCGUCCGCCCUGCACCUUCUGAGCCAGCAGCAGCGGCAGCAGCAGCAGCACCCGCGUCCCAGGAACCGCUGCCCUCGCCAUACACGCCCAACCGCGACGCCAAGGGCCACAAGAAACCGGACCCGACCGCCUUCUCCCCCUCCAAAGCGCUCCUGUACUCAAGCCCGGAACACCCCAACCCGUUCCUGCCUCGCAAGAACUUCCGCACGGGCAAGUGGAUCAGCCCGCCCGUCGGGCUCCGCAGACAGGCGGAGCUGGUCAAGCUGGCGGCGAAGUAUAACGUGGAGGCGCUGCUGCCGCCGGGCCGCAAGUCGACCGAGUUCAAGGAGACGAGGCGUGCGGAGCGCGGCCUGCAGAUCAAGGGUACGGGUAUUGGGCAGAAGGUGAAGGGUCACAAGUGGGAGCGGACGAUGGAGGCGCGUCUGGAGGACAGGCGCAAGGCGAUGAUGGAGAUGCCGGAGAUGAUCCGGUUGUGGAAGCAGAGAGGUCAUGGUCGUGGCUGGAGGCAGUGGCCCAAGAGGUGA